AUUCUGUGCAUGGCCACCGUCCCACUCAUGGCAUCGGAAACGACCCAGAAAAGCAGCGUAAAGUAGAAGGGAAGCGGGGUGGAGGAGGCACAGGCCAGGGGGAGCAACGACCUUCAUACUGAGAGGAGAAAAUACCUGAAAAAAAAUGGCAGCAGUUCCCCUCCGUUCUCUCUGUCUACUCAUCACAGUAUACCACCUGUGUUCAUUCCACCUGGUCCAUGCUGGAGCGUAUUAUCCACACAAACAGCCGCCCCCACAGCACCAGCCUCUGCCACAAUACAACGACGGUUAUCCCCCUCAGCAACAGUUCAUGGGGAAUGAGAUGCCGCACCUGCCUUACGGUAAAGAAGCCCCAUUACUGCCUCAGUACGGCAAAGAGCUUCCUCAGCUUCCUUUGCACAUGGGCAAAGAGAGGUCACUAACUGAAGGUAAAGGACAAACAUUCAACCCCAGAGGGGCUAAAGGUCCCCCUCCUCUUGGUCCAGGUGGUGAAGGUCUCAGAGAAGGACCACAAGGAAUUCAGGGACCACCAGGACCAACUGGACCACCAGGACCACAAGGCCCUCCUGGGCUACCAGGCCAGGGAUUGCCAGGGCUGCCAGGAAAGCCAGGGCCUGCUGGUCCUCAAGGCUACCCUGGAAUUGGAAAACCUGGCAUGCCAGGAUUGCCUGGAAAACCUGGAGGACCAGGAUUACAUGGACCAAAAGGGGAUCUUGGUCCUGCUGGUGGUGAAGGGCCAACUGGGCUUCCUGGGCCUGCAGGUCUCCCAGGUCCCCCUGGACUGCCUGGAAUUUCAAAACCAGGAGGUCAUGGGCUGCCUGGACAGCCAGGUUCUCUUGGGGAACCAGGCCAAAAAGGUCUACCUGGGUUCCCUGGUGUUCCAGGCUCAAAGGGAGACAAAGGGCUUGGUCUACCUGGUUUGCCAGGUUUAAAAGGACCUGGCGGACCACCUGGUCCACCUGGAAAUGUUGGCAUCCAGGGGAUUGGUAAACCUGGCAUGAAUGGUCUCCCUGGUCAGCCAGGGAUACCAGGAAAGCCAGGUCCUUCUGGAGAGCCUGGGAUGGCAGGACUACCUGGUGAUAGAGGUCAAUCAGGACCACCUGGCCUCCCUGGAAUUGGGAAACCAGGAACAGAUGGUUUUAGAGGACAACCAGGGCCCUCUGGAGGAAAAGGAGAAACAGGCCCUCCUGGUUUACCAGGGGGGCCAGGCUUGCCAGGAUAUGGUAAACCAGGAUUUCCAGGACCUAAGGGUCACAAGGGUCAUGCCGGUCUCCCUGGACCUCCAGGACUAAAAGGUGAUAAAGGUCACGGAGGUCUUCCAGGAGUCAUUGGCCCAAACGGUCCAAGUGGUAUGCCUGGCCCACCUGGUCCAAUAGGACUUCCAGGCAGUAUCGGCUUUCCAGGACAAAAGGGGGAGGGUGGUGCUUGGGGACUUAAAGGGUACCCAGGAACGAAGGGGGACUUAGGUCCUCCUGGUCUCCCAGGUCAACCAGGUCGGUCAGGAGAAGGGGGACAACCAGGCCAAAGAGGUUUUCAAGGGCCUAUGGGCCCCAAAGGAGAACCUGGUAUGAGAGGUUUACCUGGAACCCCUGGUGGUGGAGGAUUGCCUGGAUCUAGAGGACAGGGGGGACAGCCUGGAGAGAAAGGCCACCAAGGAUCACAGGGUAUUCCAGGUCUUAUGGGACCUGGGGGACCAAUUGGACCUCCUGGGCUGCCAGGACCGAAAGGCGAAACAGGUUUCCCUGGUAAACCUGGAUAUCCUGGUGAGGGUAAGCCAGGGACCCCUGGUCAUAUUGGUCCUCAAGGUAACCCUGGUCCUAGUGGCCCUUCUGGACUUCCAGGGCAUCCAGGACUACCUGGACCACCCGGUCCUCCAGGCCUCCCUUCAGCAUCUCCUGACAUGGGACAGAUCCUCCCUGUGUCCGGCCCAUACAGCGGACAGAAACAAGGCUGGAAGAAGACAAAGAAUGAAGGCGAGAUUGGAGGAAACGCCCUGGAGAUGCCUUCGUUCACGGCUAAGCUCACAAACCCGUUCCCUCGUGUCGGCUCCCCCGUCAUCUUUGACAAACUCCUACACAACGGCAACCAAGACUACAAUCCCCAGACUGGUAUCUUCACCUGCAGCGUACCAGGGGUCUACUACUUUGCUUACCACGUCCACUGCAAAGGAGCAAAUGUAUGGGUGGCACUGAUGAAGAACAAUGAGCCGGUGAUGUACACGUAUGACGAGUACAAGAAGGGCUUACUGGAUCAGGCAUCGGGGAGUGCUGUACUACCUUUGCGACAAGGAGACUCUGUGCAUAUACAGCUGCCAUCCGACCAGGCUUCAGGACUCUACGCUGGUCAAUAUGUCCACUCCACAUUCUCUGGUUUCUUGUUGUACCCAAUGUAAGAAAUGUGUAUCAACAAACCAGCAACUUCCAGUGUUGAAAAAUCAAGCCAAUGAGGAUGUGCAAAAAGCUGCAGUUCCUUGAGUAUCCACUUGAGGCUGGAUCAAAAAGCCAAGGAAACCCCAUGAGGUCCCAUAUUAAGUAGCCCUCUUUCCCAGCAGAAAUAAAACAUGUUUACAGCCUGGUUCAAAAAGGCUUUGGUAUCAACAGCUGAUUUCUUUAUUGGUGCACACUGUACGGGGUUGAAAUUUGUUUAUAACUCUUCUGUUUUUAUUUUAUUAAGGCUAAGAGUUUUUUGUCAUAAAUUUGUAUAAGUAUGGGCACGGCUGGGUUGACUGACAGGCAGGCGGUUGAAGCUGUUUACCCUUAGGCUAAAGACCGGCCUCUAGUCCAUGUAUUUGUCUACAAAACCAAUGGCUGACAUCAAUGAGAGUGCAUCCAUGUUUUAUACAGUCUUAUCAUAUCAGCAAGGGCAAUAGCACUGACAUUUUAAUGGUACAUUUUCAUAUUUACAGUAGUUAGACAGGUACAAUGAAGGUCGAGUUGAAUGUUUUACAAUAGAUGAAGGCAAAAUAGAAAUAUAGUUGCAACAUAUCUCAUUGUAUUAAUAUCAUUUAAUGCUUUACGUCUUCAUUUACAUACAUCAGCAGAGUCUCUGAAAUGUUAGUUCACUUUUUAAGUAAUGGGCAGUUGAUGUCCAGUUAUAAAAAUGGUAUCUGGUCAUCGGCUACAUGUAUACAUUUUCGUACAAUAACAUAAGUUUUCUUGUGAAAGUUUUGGUUGAUACGAUUUAAUGUAUUUGUUGUCAUAAAUCUUGUAUGUUUACAUUGUACAUUUAUUCCUAUAUCCAUCUACACACAAUAUAGCAGUGUUAAUAACAUGACUGGAAACAAAAUUCCUGCAAUCCCUGUGUUGCAGGUUUUAUUCAUUUGUCACUCAUUGUUUUGCUUUACAGUUAUACUGUUUUCUGGGCACAUAAGUACAUAACCAUGUCAGUGUACAAGACAUUCAAAGCUUUCAGUUACAAAUGUUGGGUUAUUAAAUUGGGUUCAUCGUAAAUGUAUUAGGUUAUUGUAAAUCUUUUUUUCUGAUAUUGUAAAAUGCAGUUUUUUUGAUGCAGCAAAAAUCCACAAAUUUUACAUUUGCAUCUGGCAGUACAAAAAGAAAUCAUAUUCUUUUAUGUCUCCGUCCAGAACAGACCGAAAAAAAACCUUUGCAGUUUAUCCAUAAUUUGAUAGUCUAACUAUCUUUUGAUUCUUUCCUUUUGACAGUUGGUUGUCAAAACGUUGUGUUUAAUAAAUUCUUUGAACAUUUUGUAAAUUUUUCAUUAAUCUCUGUAACUUAUUUUUUUGACUACUGAUUACUUCAGAUUGUCUAAAUGUCUGUCUUGAUCUUGAAUGGUGACAUUUCUAACAAAACAGAACAUGUUUUGUAGCAAAAAAUAAAAUAUUCCAAGACAUG